CAUCUUGGACGGUGUGACUGCGUGAUGUCAUGGCUAUUGGACGGGGUUGGUGGGACGAACGUGACGUUUGGAGCACGUAAGCGGUGUUUGUCGUGUGGUUGCGCGAAAACUUGGCGAAGUAUGGGAAUCUGAAAUACUGCGUGUCAAAGCUGUGAUGGCGACAUCUAUGACGAGAUUACAGAAGUUAUCACUUUACAAAAGUUUGCUUAGGGAAAGUGCCAAGUUUUCGUCCUAUAACUACAGAACCUAUUUCAUUAGGCGAGUCAAGGACGGAUUCCGUGAGGGAAGGACGUUAGAAGACCCAAAGAAGAUUGCAACUGAGCUUGAGAAGGCCAAAAGCACGCUUGAGGGUCUCAAACGACAGGUGGUGAUCCAGAACAUGUUCGAGCCCGGCCGGCUGGUGAUCGAGAAGUAGCCGGUCGACAGCGGGGCGCGGCGAUGUCGGAGCAGGCGACCGCCGAGCCGCCGAGCCAGACCCAGACGGUGACGGCGCCGGCCGAGCCGCCGGCCGACACCGAGCCCACGCUCCACCUGCGCCUCGUGCGGCCGCACAACCCCCGCCGGGUGUGCUGGCAGUCAGACACGGUCGACAACGAGCACAUGGGCAAGAAGAAGUCCAAGUGCUGCUGCGUCUACCGCAAGCCCAAGCCGUUCGGCGAGAGCAGCUCGGACGAGGAGGACGAGUGCAAGAACUGCGUGGGCCACAGGAAGCCGAAGUCACCCGCUGAAGGCGGGGAGCAGGCGGGGGGCGCGCCGGGGCCCGCCGCCAACUCCGGGUCCGGCUGAGGCGUCUGGUGACCGGGGUGACCGGGUGACCUGAUGACCUCUUGACCUCCUGAUGACCUGAGUGACCUCCUGGUGACCUGGGGCAGUCCGGCGCUCCUGGUGACGCGCGUUCCUACACCGACGACCUUGUCUUCUGGGCCGGGCGCCGCGGAUACUCAUCGUUUCCGGCGUCCGCCUUUGCGGGCUUGUGCCGUUGGUGCCUGUCUCAGUGUCGCUGCCUUGUUGGUGGGUGUGGGUGCAAGACUCGUCGGGUAAGCUGCACGUUUUUAGCUCGAAGAUGCGCUUGGCGUUAUUGUGGCAUCGUGCCAGCGUAUUGCGUAUUGUGCCUGCGACCGGACAACGCGGCGUCCCGACGCUGCAGUAAGUAGGCCAUGUAGUGGAAAGCGUGUCGUCGGCUUGGCACGCAACUGCAAGGAUUUGCGAUCCAUGUGCUUCUACCUUGCUGUUUGGCUAACCACUGUUGCCGUGUACAUGUGACGCUCACAAUACAUUAGCUGGUUGUGCGUUUUGA